UCGCCGAUAGAACUGAAACAGUUUAUAUCGAGCUGGCCUUAAGUUGACUUACCUCAGUUGGUCUUAGUUCACCAUUGCAAUCACAUUUAAUCACUAAUCGAGGUUUACAUUUUUUUACUUGUGCAUCUCUCUCUAACCCUUUCCGUACAUCUUUUCAUUUGUCCCAUCAAUCAGUAAAUGAAGUGAAAUUUCAUCAACUGCAAUCAACUAACAUUUACGACAACAUCAACUGCAACUUGUGUCUUGGUUUUAAGUUGAAUUGACCAAUUUUGCAAUAUUUGAUCAACUUUAAUCUUUUGAAAUUACAUUUCAACUUUGAAUUUAGUUUUACAACCGAUCAAAUAACAUUGAAAACAUGGUUGAAUUAGGAAGCAUGUCGGAUACCUCAUCAACCGGAAACUCACCCACUUCAACAAUUGACUCAGGUUCAACAACACCCUCCAAUGGAUCCAACUAUUCACCCUCUGGAUCACCUUUGUGCCGUCGACGUCCACUUCGUCGGGAAGAUACUCAAACUCGUCUCUUUGGUCCACCAGAGGAUAGUCCAAGGCGAGUUCGUAAUCAUCUUAAGUCGUCUGUUUUCGCUGAAAAUGUCGUCGAUUCAAGCCCAUUAAAGUCGGCAAAGAAAAAGAUAACCAUUAUCCGUCGUAAUCCGAUCACAGGAGAGGUUUUUGAUGAUAUUUACAGCGAUCGAGUGGCUAAAGUAACUGGAUAUGAUGUUAUUCGUGGUGAGAAUCGAUCACUCUCUUUACCCAAUACACCAGUUCGAACCCGUCAACCACCGGGCGGUAAAUCAUCUGGAAUCUUUUCCUAAACAAUUUCAUCCUAACAAUCAUGAAUAACAAUUACAACAACUACAACAUCAAUGAAACAUCAAUUUAUUAUACAAUUUGAUUGGAUGCUGAACAUUUUGCAAAUGGUUUUACAUGUUCAAUCCCAAAUGACAUGAUAAGAGUCAAAUUAUACAAUUUAUUCAGCAAAUAUUAUUAAUCUUAUUACUUCUAUUAUUAUUACUAUUAUUAUGAUUAUAAGAAAUAGUAUUUGACCAUUUUAUAAGAGUUGAUUUACCAUCUCAAACAAUUUAAUUCAACAAUCAACUUUGUAAGACUUAUGGAUACAACAAACUCUCUUCAAGACUUUGGAGUCUUUUUACACUAAUUUUCAUCCUUUCUUCUUCUUCUUCUCUUUCUUUUUUUUCUGUCUCUUUUCUUCCACCGAACCUUUCUCCUUCUCAUUGACUUGUCUUGAUUAUAACUAUUUGAAUUUUGAAAGAUAAAUUUCAUUAACAAUCAAAAAUCAACAACAAUCUUUAAUAUGAUUUAUCAACCUUGUUUGACUUUUUUUUCAAUGUAGAUACUGAAUGAUACAAUUUUGUGUUUGAUAGUUUGAUUAUAAGAAUAUAAAUUGCUUCUUGAUGCUGCUUGCUCUGCUGAUUAUCGUGCGUAUAAUUAAAAUAUGGAUGAAGGUAAUAACGCAAUUCAAUGAUUAAUUGAGAUUCUUAAAAUUACAAUGGUGACAACUCAAUUUGACUCGUUUCUUUUUUUCCUCGUCAUCUUUUAAUCGAGCAAACAAAACAAUUUUCUUUAUUUGAUUCUCUUUAUUAUUGAUUAUUAUUACGCCCGUCUUUGACUGGUUUUAUACUUUUAUAUUGUCCAGCUAAUUAAAUUGCUAAACAAAAAAUUAAUUAACUAAAAUAAAGAGAUGCCAUCAAUGA